UUAAUGAUGACAGAACUGAAUGAAAUAUACCUGAAGGCACAUCCCAGGAUUCCUGUAGCUUUUGUGGCUCAUAUAUAUAAAAGAUGAUGAAGUGGAAAACGGCUCUAUACAUCAUUGCAAAACUUAAAGAUAGCAAGUUGAAAGUAAUAGAACCUUGUGAACGAAAAUUUCAAGUAGUCCAGUUACAUUUAUAGCUACGUGGAAAUGGGUUGGUCUUCUGCUGUCUUUGUUUUACUCACUCUAUGUGCUGGGAACAGUUUUGCUGCGAAUUUGUCAGCAAAUGAAGACAAACAAAUGGUAUUGAAAAGAACACCAGCUGACCAAAACUUUCUCUUGCAAACUCCAAUUUUAACACUUCAAACGCUUAUACUCAAUAUGCAAAGCCUCGUUUUAAAACUUCAGUCAAAUACCAAAAGCAACGAAAAGAAAACAACAAAGUUACUUCAAAAAAUACUUAAAGUUCUUCAAAAAAAUAAAACAGAUUACGUGGUCAAAAGAAUUCCAACUUUGACUUACUCUUCUGCUGCAGCAACUUGUAAAAAAGACGGAAAAGAAUUAUGUCCUUCUUAUUUUAUUUGUCGAGAUGGUAAAUAUCCAGUGGGGCCAGUGAGAAUUGGAAAUCAUUGGGUUCCAGUCAAAGACGACAACAACCAAUGGAUUCAAAUUGGUUUCAGAAGUCAUGAAACAACAUGUGAACUCAUUUCCACAAAAAACUCUCGAUUUCCUUCGUGGGCAACUACUAAAAUAAAAGUUCCGUGGAAAGGUUACAUAUACUGCUGCAGUAUUGCUGCCUGAAAAAGUGAUUCUCAUUUCUUGGCACUAAAAAAAAAUUUUUGAUGUUUUUUUCCCACAAGUAUACUGAAAUUGAUAGACAAUAAACGUAGAACUCAUUAUAGUAAUGCAGGAUAAUGUAUCGUACAGUAGUCAUCUAAUUUUACCAAACAUGUGCUGUAUUUGUGUUUAUAAUAUUAAAACCUGGUUAACUAUAA